CACCUGCUGGGCGCGCGCCUCGACCCCCGCGUGGCCGCGCUCCUGGGCCCGCCCGGCCGCAGCUACUCGCUGUGCGUGCCCGAGGCGCCGGGCGGCGGCUGCGCGGCCCGGGUGCGGGCGGCCCGGCUGCACCAGCGCCUGCUGCACCAGCUGCGCCGCGACCCCCUGCGGCGGUGCCAGCUGCGCCGGCUGCUGUGCUACGGCCCCGGCGGCGGCGCGGGCGGCGUGCAGCGCGGCUUCCUGCUCCGCGACCCCGGCGACAGCCCCGACACCCGGCGCGCGCUCUUCUCGCUGCUCGGCGACGCCCCGGGGGGCCCGCGCCUGGGCGAGUUCGUGGGCGACGCGCACCAGCAGGUGUGGCAGAGCCUGUGGGAGCUGCGGGACGGGGCGGAGUGGCGGCAGGUGGGCCCCCGCGAGCGCGUCCUGGCCGCCCCGGAGCCCGCCCUGCACCCGGUGGUGCCUGACCUGCCCAGCUCCGGGGUCUUCCCGCACCGGGAGGCCGCCCGCGCCGUUCUGGAGGCGUGUAUACCCUUCAUUCCUGAGGCCCAAGCAGUGCUCGACCUGGUUGACCAGUUGCCGGAACAAGUCCACAAAGGGAAGUUCCCGGUCAUUGCUUUUGAAGGACUGGAUGCCACAGGUAAAACCACUGUGACCCAGUCAGUUUCAGACACACUCGGGGCUGUCCUCUUAAAGUCGCCACCUGCUUGCAUCAGCCAGUGGAGGAAAAUCUUUGAUGAUGAGCCAACUAUCAUUAGGAGAGCUUUUUAUUCUUUGGGCAAUUAUAUUGUGGCUUCUGAAAUAGCCAAAGAAUCUACAAAAUCUCCUGUGAUUAUAGACAGGUACUGGCACAGCACGGCCACCUACGCCAUUGCCACCGAGGUGACCGGGGGGCUCCAGUACCUGCCCCCGGUCCAUCACCCUAUAUACCAGUGGCCCAGGGACCUGCUCAGACCCGACCUGGUCCUGCUGCUCACAGUGAGCCCCAAGAAGAGGAUGCAGAGAAUUGAGGGCCGGGGCGUGGAGCGGACCAGAGAGGAAGCUGAACUGGAGGCCGACGGCACGUUUCGUCAAAAGGUAGAAGUGUCCUAUCAGCGGAUGGAGAACCCCGCCUGCCACGUGGUCGAUGCUAGUCCCUCGAGAGAGAAAGUCCUCCAGACGGUUUUAGGCAUAAUCCAAAAUAAUUUUAGCUAAUUGUAAUUACUCCAAAAUGUAAUUCUGCAUUUUGGCAGAUUGGAUGUUGUUUGAUACAUCUAGGCCCACGGCGGGGUACAUGGUGUUCCCAGAUUUCUGUUGCAUAACCAUGGCAUGUGCUAGAAAGCCGAAGACCAGACCAUUUCGAUUUUACCUACACCGUUAUACUCCCUUCUGACCAAAGGACGCAUCAAGGUUGAGACCGUCAACGUUCCAGCCAGAGAUCAGUGAUUGCUUUCUUCAAGUGUAACAAACGUUUUCCUGGAACGCGUUUUCAGCUACGUUCCUACCAAAUCCUUCCAAGUUUUGUCUUAUCCACAAAGCAUGAGGUAUACAGAAAUAACCAGGAAGAUCUUCCAAAUCGGCGGAAGCCCCUCCGGCCCCUCCCAUACCUCCUCCUGGGUCACUGAUAAGACCCUGAUGUGACAUAGUUACCUCCUUCCCUAUAUGGCCUCACUCCAUCAUUGGGGGGCUCAGCCCUGAUCCUAGAGCUAAAUGCUCCUGAAGAAAGGGUCCACGUGUCCUGGCUGUCUGAGGACAACGCCCACAGGGUCGCCUUGUGGGUAGGCGACAUUUACAGAGAAGACAUCUGAUUUGUGUCUCACAACCCCUGAGACGAUCCCCUCGUGGUCAGAGUCAAAUAUAGAGACUGCCAACCCAGAUGCUCUCAAUACAAAUAUACCAACCCACUUUGGAUUAUGUUCUGUUUAUUUAUGUUCCUUUCCUUUCCUCUGAAAACACGGGUUUGGAUAUAAUGAGUGUUUUGGACUAAACUAGAUGCAUUAAAACUUAGCCAAUGCAGCGAUAUAUUUAUGUUGAUAUUUACAUCAUGUUUCUGCUCGGUGGAGGGGCUAUGCUUUACUAAUUAAAAUCAAAGCCAAGAAGCUAAAGGCAGUGCUUGUUGUGUACUUUCAUUACACAGAUUUAAUUUAUCUUGCUAAAUAAGCACAGUGGAUCCUGGAAUGGGGUUUCUUAGUAAAUUAUCUUGCACUUGAAUGUCUUAUGAUUACAUAUGAAAUCAGCUUUGAGAUCUGUUUGCUUAGGAAAAAGAAAUGGCUGAGGAAAGAGGAAAUUUAAUAGCUAUGUGGCCUUGGGUGGGUCGCUGAACAUCAAUAGCCCAUGUAACUUGAUCUGAAAAGUGAUAAUCAUCCUUUAUUUGUAUUAAGGAGUUGGCUGAACCAGGUGAUUACCUAAAAUCCCUCUGGUUCUAAGAUAGAUGAAGCUUGCAACUUGUUUUGGGGGGAAUGUCUUCUUGCCAAGACAUUUAAGUCUUAGACAAGGCCUUAUCCGGUUAUGUGGGGACUUGAAUUAUAAUAAAUUUCAUAUUAAUAACUGUAUCAUACUGUCUUUCAAAAGAAUUCCAGGUAAUUUUUAUAUAAUAUAUUUGCAUAUAUAACUAUGUAAUUGGUUUCUGUUGAAAAUAUUUUUUAAAGCUAAUAAAUAGCAUUAGGUUUCUGUAAGACGUGAUAUCUGUGUCCUUGGUAUUAUUUAGUCUGAACAUUUUGAAAAGCUUGUGUUGGCAGUCUAGAAAAACAAACAUUUAAUGCCUGCCUUCUGUACCUCGCAAAUGAGUAAAGUUGUUGGGAUUGUCCAGUUUAUGGUGGUGUCCCCCAUAUAUGUUGGUUUUUCUGAGGCGUCCCUCCAGUGUGGCUUCCUGGAAUUUUUGGUCAGCAAAGUGGGGAGGUGUGAACUCGUGGGCCAAGUGGGAUCUCUGGUCAAAGUGAUUUCAGAGGAAGGGGGGUGUGUUCACUUUCUUGUAAACACUGUUUCAGGAAAGUAGAAUCUUUUCUUCAUUGCAGAUAUUAAGAAGAAGAAAUCGUUCUUUGUACACUUGGGUUCUUUCACGCACCGAUAGGUGUGUGAUUUAUGAGCAUGAGACAAGACGGCAUCUCCUACCCAGAAACUUGAUGACAAGGGAUCAUUCGCUUGGCUCGAUUUCGUGACAAGUUGGGUUUCGCUUCUGGUCUUGUGAUAGACCUUUGGUUGUCCCAAGUAUUUAUUCUCCCUUUCUUCCCCAGUAAUAGAAUUUUUGACUUGACACAUGGCUGCCAAGAAUUAUGAGUACAUUCCCAAGGCUUCCUUGCAGCUAGAGUGGCCAACUGGGCACGUAUAGGUCUUCCAGGAACCUGUGAGCAGAGGGGCGUAUGGAGCGUCGCUUCCUCUGCUGACCCUUCACGCUGUCUGGUAUUCGGCGGUGACAGUGAGCCUUCCUGGGACCGAGGGACAAGGGUGACACUGUGGAGGUGCAGAGGCAACAACAGGAGGCUUGAACGGAGGCUGCCUUCAUUCCUGAAAACAGAUGUGGACGAGGGAUGAAUGUGUAAAGGGCAUAAAGGGCAUCUACUUAGGGAAGGGCCGUCAGGCAGACCCAGGGCACUAUGGUAUCUCAGAUUCCUCCUUGUCCACAGCCUGCCUCUCUCAGUGGCACGUCCUGAACUCUUUUUUGUUUUCCAGAGUGUUUUGUUUUUAUUUUUAUUUUUUUUGCUGCCCCCUCUCUCUGUGACCUCUCUGUCUUCUAGGAGCAAUGUGUAGCAUAUUUUUCUUUUAAAGAUUUUAUUUUUCUGGGGGCACCUGGGUGGCUCAGUCGGUUGAACAACCCACUUCGGCUCAGGUCAUGAUCUCACGGUUCGUGGGUUCGAGCCCCGCGUCGGGCUCUGUGCUGACAGCUCGGAGCCUGGAGCCUGCUUCGGAUUCUGUGUCUCCCUCUCUCUCUGCCCCUCCCCUGCUCAUGGUCUGUCUCUCUC